AUGUCCUUUAACACCGACCAAGGAUCCUUGCGUCCCCGACCACCUCCCAGUCGCCGCCGUGAUAAGCCCCAGCUAUCAUGCAACACCUGUCGACGUCGCAAGUCCCGCUGCGAUCGUCAGCAUCCCUGCUCAAGUUGUGCAUCGCGAGGAGACCUGUGCGUCUAUGCGGACAACCAGCGGUCGGCCCGCUCCCAUGCAGCCCGCCAGGCAGCCGUCCCGGAGAUGCAGGAUCGGCUGGCGCAACUCGAACGCCUCGUGCACUCGUUAAUGCCUGACUCCGCAUUGCCCCCCGACACUGCGCAAGAGUCACUCUUGCUCAAUGGUCAAUCCGAAAGCGGCAGUAUGCGCGUGAGCGCCUCCGAGUUGCGCUACGUCGGUGGGGACCACUGGGCGGCCAUUCUCGAAAAUAUCGCAGAACUCAAGGAUCAUUUCGAUCGCGAGGAAGAGCUGCAACUUACGACCAGUCCUGAUGAUCCCCCUGAUCCGACGCAUGCGCUUCUCCUGUAUGGAUGUCGGCGGGCGACAUCGCGGGAGGAGUUGCUGGAGGCGCUCCCUCCCCGGAAUGUCGUGGACCGCUACCUGUCGCGCUACUUCAACCGCAUGGAUCUGGUUUCCUCUAGCGCAGUCCAUGGCCCUACCUUUCAGCGCGAGUACGAAGCCUUCUGGGCGGAUCCGCUCAAUGUACCUAUCAUGUGGCUGGGCCUGCUGUUUAGUAUGAUAUGCUUGGGUGUGCAAGCCUCGGAUGCAUCUGCCGCCCUUAGGGAGCUUGAGGCCAAACAACAGACGCUCCAGAUCGAAACAUAUCGCGAAAAGGUCGUCCAGUGCCUGUUAAUGGGCGAGUAUACGAAAUGCGGCCCCUAUGUGCUUGAGACAGUUAUCCACUAUGUGUACAUUGAAUUCUGUCUUCACCGGGAUGCUGAUCAAGACAUUUGGUUUCUGCUCGCACUCGAGGUAAAUCUGGCAAUGCGAAUGGGCUACCAUCGGGAUCCCAGCCACUUUCCCGAUCUCACCCCUUUACAGGGGGAAAUGCGGCGUCGGCUAUGGGCAACAGUGCUUCUCGGCGACAUUCUCAUAUCCAGUCAGAUGGGCCUGCCACGCAUGGUCCCGGACUCAAAGUGUGACACUGCUGAGCCACGCAACCUCAAUGACGAUGAUCUAGACCAGGAUCUCGGAUCAGAACUUCCCCCUCCCCGACCGGAGACUGAGCACACGAUAGCGAUGGGUAUUAUCGCGCGGCGCCGCAUGCUGAUCGCUCUAGGUGAAAUCAGCGAUGCAGCAGCUGCUGUGCAGCUGUGUCCGUACGCGGAAGUCAUGCGGCUUGACCGCAUCCUACACGACGCCGCCUCUAGCCUCCCGCCGCCGCUGCGGAUCGAGUCAAUGGCAGUAGAGUUAAGCUUCACCGACAGUCCGCAGGUGAUUAUGUCUCGCCUAUUUCUCCGCCAUCUGUUCUACAAGGGUCAGCUAAUGCUGCAUCGCCGUUUCCUCUUCGCGGCCAAGCCAGGAGGGCAGAUGGACGCGUUUGCCUACUCGCGUGAGGCAUGUAUCAGUGCUUCGCUCGGUGCCCUGGAGCUCCAGCGCGUGCUGGAUGAAGAGACCUCCCCGGGCGGACAAUUGCAGUCAAUGCAAUGGCGGGUGACAUCCAUUAUAAACCACCAGUUUCUGACAGCAACGAUGAUCUUGUGUUCCCUUCUGCACCGCGGUAUACCCCUAUCGCAGGGCGAAGAAAUUCAGGGAGCGCUGCGACGUGCACGUACGAGCUGGAUGCGCCGUAGUGCAGCCUCGCGCGAGGCCAGCGUGGCGGCAGAAACUGUGAGUAUUCUGUUGUCGAAGAAUGCCGGCGGACUACAUGCAACUGGGCCUCUCGAUGAGUCCUCGGUGAGGGUGCUUCUAGAGGAAGAACCGGCAGUCCCAACUAGUGAUGGCGAUGCCAACGCGACCGGGGACCGUAGUUCCGCGAUGGCUCUGGACUCGAGGGCUUUGGUUCCACAAGAUCUCCCCUGGCUGACUGACUAUGCAACGGCUGAAUCUGACCCUUCCUCCUCAUUCCUAGAGGCACUGCGAGGGAGCCGACCGGAUGCCUUCCCGUUCGAGAUCAACGCAUCAUAUGGGGAGGUGGAGGGGGAAGAUGAGUGGAUAGAGAUGGUUUGGCCGGGGAUUGGCCGGUGAUUCAGUCCUUGUCAUGCGAGUUAGUCUGUAGAUGAGAGGGGCGGAGCUUCGAAUGCAUAUAUAUCAUCCCAGCGGGAUAGUUAUUGCGGCUGACAAAGUGAUAGUGGUUCUAUUUAGAGUGACAUCAAUGGGUUAGCAUGAUAUCAGGAGAGGCAAAUUAUACAUAGCCUUAGACUACAUACG